UCUGUAUAGAUAUAACUAUAUACAGUCAUUGAUAUAUAGCCUAGGCUACAUGAGGAGAGGAAAAACAACAAUGUAAACGUCGCUCUUAAACCGGAAUGCUUCUGAACAGGGUUAGGCUACUUAAGGCGGCGCUGUAGAAUGAGGAAGUUCCUACGGUAUGAUAGUGGUUUCUUCAAGCAUGCUUCUUUCUCCACGUCCGUUCUCUGUCAGAUGCCAGAAUCGACACACUGAAGCGGUCUGUUGACGGGACAAUAAACAGCUUCUUCGCCUGUGGCAUAGCAGUCUAUCGUGGACCGAGAUCAUUUCAUUUCGCUAUGGGGGCAUCUUCUUCCAGUCUGCUGGAUGAGACUAAAUCCAACUACAUCAGAGGUCGUGCGGAGUCCGAGCUGAAGAACUUCAGUCCCCACUACAGGCAGCAGUACUUUGUGGCCUUCUUCUCUCAGCUGCAGGAGGAGGUGGAGCAACACAAAGAGACACACACUCAGCUCCUUAAACAGAGGGAGCCCCUUAGGCCAGAGGAAGUUUUGUAUCAGGACAGUGUUCUGCACUAUGACGACACCGGAAAGUGGAAGGAGAGGUUUGUUGUGAUGAGAGCCAAUCACAGCCUGGAGUGUCAUGACAACCAGGAGAGCUUCAGUAAAGGUGUUCCGGCCAGACAGAGACUCCUGCCAACAGGGGGCGUAGUUCUGACAUCAGAGGAGAAGUACACAGCGCUGGUGGACAAGGCCUUCCCUGACCCUAAAUGUUUGAAGGAGGAGACAUCUCCCCCCAUGGUAGUGGUACCUUCCGGUCAGUUCCCUGUCUACCUCAGACUGCCCUACAGACGUGACGUGUACUUUAGCUUCCCCCAGGAGGACCGACGAGCGACCUUCCUCUCCAUCCUCACGGGCUGCAUCAGGCACCAGAACCACGAUUCUCUGAGGAGGUCUUCCUGUGAGUGUCAGGCGUUCCUCAAGGCCAUACAUUUCUACCGUCAGGAGAAAGGACACUAUGAGUCCUGGGACAUGCUGGUGGGCUGUGAGGAGCAGGUCCUCGCCAAUCUGGUUUUGGAGGAGCUACAACCCUCUCUACAGACAGAACUGCUGGCCAGACUAAAGGGAAAGAAAGCAGGGAGGAAGAGAGUCUGGUUCACCACGUUGGAAGCCGCGUACCACCUGGUCCAGGAUCAGCUGAGGGAGGGUCUGAAGGGACUGAAGGAGGAGUGUAAAGAGACAGCCAGGUCUCAUGAAGCUCUGCUUCGCUCUGAUAUGGACCAGAUAGCCAGUUCUAGAACCUUCCUGCAGGCCAAGCUACAAGCCUCCGUCAGUGAUCCAGCAGCAAAGUUCUGCAGUGAGAACGUGUCUCCGUACCUGGCGUCCAUCUUGGAAGAGCUGAUGUCUCCGGUGACGGGGGGCUUCCAGGGGGUCCGGCUUCUCCUGGAGGGGGAGAUAAACACUCUCUGUCUGGGCUUCCCCGAGGGCGCGGGGCAGGAGGAGUUAAACCAGGCACUGGGUCAGAUGUGUCAGGCAAGUCUGGAAGAGUGUUACCAGAAAGUGGAGGUCCUGACAGAACAGCUUCAGGAACUCAGGCAUCGCUUCAAGUUCUCCAACUCAGUUCGUCUGAUCCACUGCACGCAGAUAGACAUGCAACAGCUGAUAGAGAAUGCCGUGUACACCUUUAAAUUGCUCCUCCAGAGCUCACUGAAAGACAACCCUUCCAAACUCACCUCAGCCAUGGAGAAAGCAAAGCUCAGAGUCCUCAAGCAAUAUGACCAUGACAGUAGCACGGUGAGGAAGAGGAUCUUUCAGGAGGCUCUGGUUGACAUCACGCUUCCUGCUAUCAGGAGGAACCUGGCUCCGGCACACAAACCGGACCUGCAGAAGUUAGACCAGUACAUCUUUGCGGAUUACACCAACUUCAUCAAAGUGGAAAACGUUUAUGAAGAUAUUCUACUGAACAUUCUGACCAUCGAGGUGGACAAAGUGGUGAAAGAAGCUGCCAGUCUGAGGAAGAACAACUUGAUGGUGGACAGUACUGACCUGCAGAGUGCCAGCCAGAGCAGCCUAACAGACAGUCGAACCCCUCCCCUCUCCGCCCCCGCCAGCCCUGCCAAGAUGGCUGUCUCUGGGCUGAGCAGACAGGCCGAGCGGGCAUCUUCUCCCCUGGUGCAGAACUUGUCUUCUAGCGCUGGGAGGCUGGAGGUGGAAGGUGGCCCAGUGGUCCCAGAUAUGGCUGCCCUCACUCCUCCUGUCAUUGUCAUAACUCCACAAAGUGAGGCUCCAGACCCAGACCCAGCCCCACUCUCACUCCCAGCCCCAGCACAUAUACUUACCUAUACUGCUGAUGUCUCUGUAGCAGAGCCUGAUACCCCUUCACCUCUACCUGAUACCCCUUCCCCUCUACCUGAUACCCCUUCACCUCUACCUGAAAUGUCCUCUGCUGAAAGUGAUUACCCUUCUGGUGCUGCCUCAACCAAACCUGAUGCUUCCUUAGUCAAUCAUGACGCCCCUUUGGCCACAAUCACACCUUAUGCCGCCUCCCCCCAGCCUCCUCUUCCUGUGGCUGAACCAGCUCCCCAGACACCGGAAGUUACAGACACAGCCAAAGCAUCCCAACCACCAGGAACUGAAGACAAACCAGACACAGACAAAGCCAGAAACAGCCCAGUGAGUGACAGUGUGUUGGUGUGUGUCGAGGCUCUGUCAGCAGUGAGUAUGAUUCUUCCUGAGGCCACGGUGCUCUCCACUGAUCAGAGACAGAGACAAGCCACAGACAGAGCAGUCUACCUGAAAACUCCUGCAGGGGUGAAGGAGGGGGCAUCUGUACCUCUCACUGUGGACGAGAAGGAAGAGGAGGAAGAACAUCUUUGUAAGGAGGCAGAAGCACAUCACAUUGGUACAGCCCCAUCCAACGCCCAUAUAGAAACUGUAGACAGUGAUUUGGUCCACUCUGACACCCCUCGAGAAAUGAAAGCUAGUGGUACAGUCCAAACUAGCUCAUCUACCCAAGCCAGAGACACUGAACCAGCCUGCCCGACUCAGAAUGACCCUAACUCCACUGAACCAGCCUCCCAGACUCAGAAUGACCCUAACCCCACUAAACCAGCCUCCCAGACUCAGAUUGACCUUAACCCCACAGGAUCAGAGAUGCAGCCUGGAGGCAGUGAGGACAGAGCUGCAGUUACCUCCGUCACUAGAGUUACUGUCACUGAGAGCGAGGGUGCCCUGCUUGCAUGCAAUACCCUGGUCACAUCACGAGGGGGUGCUACUACUACACUCACUGGGCCUGGGGAGGGUGUAGUGGAGGCAGGGGAUAGAGGAGAGGCUCUGGGGGGUGUAGUGGAGGCAGGGGACAGAGGAGAGGCUCUGGGGGGUGUAGCGGAGGCAGGGGACAGAGGAGAGGCUCUGGGGGGUGUAGUGGAGGCAGGAGACAGAGGAGAGGCUCUGGGGGGUGUAGAGGAGGCAGAGGACAGAGGAGAGGCUCUGGGGGGUGUAGUGGAGGCUCUGGGGCUACAGUCUAACACAGUGGGGAUGGAGGGAGAGGAGGAAGCGGUUCCAUUGGGUAGUGUGCAGUCCAUCCGUGACUUGGUGAUGGAGGUAGUGGAGGUGGAAGAGCUGAUACAGAGGUGUCCCCCAGAAAACAGCACUCCCUAGCUGGGGAAAGAACGACUAGGGGGGGGGGGUGUACCAACAGCAGAGCAAUUAACGGUGUUCAUUUUGAACCCAAUUCAAAAUCUAUUAACUAUUUCUAUGUCAAAUAAAUGACUGAAAAUGUUUACUCUACAGACUGAUAGAAAUUGAGGAGGUAAUCAUCUCUCUCCUCCCUCCUCAGAGGAGCAACCACAGACUGGAGAAGAAAGAAACUGACCAAAUAACAUAAACGUUAACAUCUGAUAGCUAUACUAACAAGGACUGCUAUUGGUGCAGCAGACGAUAAUACAACUUUCACUUACAUACUCAAUUUUAUAUUGAACAACUUUGCUUUAUUUGUUGUUGAAAUAAUUGUCAUCUUUUUCAUAUUUUGGGGGGGGUUGAAAUGAGCACCUUACAUUUUGAUCUGUUGUGCAGUUGGUUUUACCGUGACAACAGAAGUAAUGCAUUUCUAAGCCAUUUGGCUUUGUUCUGUAGGACCUUUUGGGACAAAGCUAUUUAGAUCUGAAUAUAUUUAACAGUUAUAAGAAUCAAAUCACAUUUUAUUUGUCACAUACACAUUAAAAUAAUGAUAAGGGAGGUGCUUAAAUUAAUAAAAACAUAACACUUAA